UUUUUUCGUGUUGUUCCGUUUAGUGUUAAUUUUAUUUGUCCGUUCUGGAAAUGUCCUCCCAUUUGCUCAUGCCAAACUGCUGCCGAUGUUGCUUAUCUCGCGAAAAUGAAAUGUUCUACGUGUUCGAUCAGCUAGACGAGUUUGAGAGCAAAAUAUCCGACGUCAUUGAAAGUUGCGGUGGAAUUACGAUUACUGCUUCGGAUCGUUUUUCAAAGCAAAUCUGCUCAAAGUGCUUGAACGAUUUGUCAGUAUCGGAACGUUUUCGGUUGCGUUGUCUUAAAACAGAGGAGUUCUUGCUGCACGCCAAGAUGGACAUGAAGGAACAAUCAGACGAAUCUACGGCCGGUCAACGAUUGGAGGAAAUGUUAUGCGACCCCAACAACCAGAUUAAGAUAGAAGACACCAACGUCUCACCGGAAAGUAUAAUUGAAAGUACUUUAGCGAUUGCAGAUGUACGAAGCAAAUCGAGUUUGAAUUCCAACAACUUGUCUACAAAUUCAGUGGAACCGUAUCAGCUUUCGAGCCAGUCUGUAUCACAAUCGGAGUUGAGUGCCAACCACGUUUCCAAUAAUGGCUUUAUGCCGGCUUCUGGGUUAGACGCUAGGCAGCCGUUGAGCGAUCAUUUUGUGGAACGUGAACAUCUGAAAAGAAUAAUCAGCGAUCAGCUAGAUUUGGUAAAAACCGAAAUCACCAAUUCGGUUCUAAGCGUCAUGGAUGCUUUGCUUGCUAAGACGGUGGCCGCACUGAAGGCCAACUGUCAUCCAGCACCGAGUACCGUUUACCGUCCCGAACCGCCGGUUCCCUUGUAUUAUCCGAACGUGACAUCACCGGAUGCUGUGCAUCCGCUGGACGAACCCGGUGUAAGUGGAAGCAAUUUCCACUUCAAACCGGUUAAAUCGGCGAAGGAGUUGGAAAUUUUGGAACAGAAUCUGAACGAUCCGAUGUUCGCGCGGAAAUUGUUCGAUCAGAUGCGUGAAAAGAUCGGCGACAGGGGAGAUAACUACUGCGGUCAGAAUACUUGCUACACUCUGAUCGAUAAUUUCUUCGAUCGGAAAUUUCUGGUGCACUGUUCCUGGAGCGGCGGUAGUCGCAGUGAUAUCGAGAAAUGCGCCAUCAAGGACUGCAAGAAUACUUUGACCAUGUUCUACAAGAUUGUUCGUAGCACGAAUAAGAAGUUCACCUUCGUACUGUUGGAGGAAUUUUUCAAAUCGGUUGUCCGGAACGCUAAAAGACGUAGCGAAGCUAAGGGUUUGCGUGCUUCGACGAUACAUCGGCGAAUAAAGAAGAUAAGGCCUGCCGGUGAGCGGUCGCAAACAGAAACAUUCCGCGACAAAUCAACCCGAGAAAUGGUUGAUCUUCCCGCUCAGACUCAAAUGACGGAAAACUCGAACAGUGAGGCAGAAGAUCAAUCUUACAGAGCCGAACACGGAAAUGAUUCCGAGACAAGCAGCAAGCGCUCGAAACGGGGCAUUUCAAAUUCACCUACCAGUAAGAGGAUUGAGCACUAGAAAUAAUUUUCUAUGUAUUAGCAUA